UCAUUGAUCCCAUCAUUCGACUAAUAUGCAAUGUAAACAUUUUCUCUCUCGUACUCCAUAAUCACAAAUAAUUUUUCUCUCACAACUUACAAACUAAACUUGCCAAACAAAAAAAUUAAAAAUUAACAUCAACGAUUUCAUCUGUUGAGCUAGAACAAAACUGGCUAUGGCAGAUAAGGCUACAGAUGCAAUGUUGACAGUAGCCGAAAAGGCUCCUGUUACAUCCGAGAGAAAGAUUCGGGCUGACCUUGAUAACAAGCUACCCAAACCAUACAUGGCACGAGCAGUGACUGCACCUGAUACUGAUAACCCGAAUGGGACAUUGGGACACAAGCAUCGCAAUAUGUCUGUUCUUCAGCAACAUGUAUCGUUUUUUGAUCAAGAUGAUAACGGGAUUAUUUUCCCUUGGGAGACUUACAAAGGAUUUCGUGACCUCGGUUUCAAUGUUUUCGCUUCUUUUCUCUUCAUGGUACUUGUCCAUGGAGCCAUGAGUUUUGUCACUCUGCCUACCUGGUUGCCAUCACCUUUCUUCCCCAUUUACAUAGAAAACAUACACCGAGCCAAGCAUGGAAGUGAUUCUGCGACUUAUGACACUGAAGGAAGGUUCAUCCCAGCAAACCUAGAAAACAUUUUUAGCAAAUACGCUCGCACGGUGUCAGAUAAGCUCACGUUCAAAGAACUUUGGCAUAUGACUGAUGCAUCUCGUAAUGCCUGCGAUUUCUUUGGCUGGACUGCAAGCAAAAUGGAAUGGGGAGUUCUUUAUAUGCUCGCAAAGGACUCCGAUGGAUUCCUAUCAAAAGAAUCAGUAAGGCGCUGCUUUGAUGGAAGCUUGUUCGAGUAUUGUGCAAAGAUGCAAAAGGAUGGGAGCAAGAUGGGAUGAUUGCAAAUCGCUAUGAGCAAAGAUAUAGAUAUGUCCUUAAUUAAACUUGCACCUAACUGUAGUACAACAGAAUGUUACUAUUUACCUAGUUACUGUAUCCAGUUACAGAAUUACUAUUAGUA